GCGAGAGAUCGUUUCCUGCCUAUUCGACAUGAGGGAUGUCGCACUGACGGCGCCGCUUUGCGCUCGUAGGAACCUCUGACCCGGAGUCGGGACGAUCGUGUGUGCAGCAUCCAGGCAAGAAGGAGGCGUGUCAAUCGGCAAGUCUGAUUUUCGCCGCAUCAUCGACGAUAGCCGGUCAUAGCUGUCGAUCCUCCCAGCACCAUGGCGAUAAACGUGCCGUACGAGGCGAUCGGCAAGGGCUUCGUCCAGCAGUAUUACGCGAUGUUCGACGACCCGGCGCAGAGGCCGAACCUCAUAAACAUGUAUAACGCGGAGACGUCCUUUAUGACGUUCGAAGGGUUGCAAAUACAAGGCGCUAUCAAAAUCAUGGAAAAGUUAACUAGUUUAUCUUUUCAAAAAAUAAAUCGGAUAAUAACAGCGAUUGAUUCACAACCAAUGUUUGAUGGUGGAGUUCUUAUCAAUGUUUUAGGAAGGUUGCAGACUGAUGAAGAUCAGCCUCAUGCGUACAUCCAGACAUUUGUCUUGAAGCCAAUCGGUACCUCUUUUUAUGUGCAACACGACAUCUUCAGACUUGCAUUACAUGAUACAAUUUAAAUAUCAGGCAGACGAGGACCCACCACACGCCUUCUCACAAUGUUUUGUGCUGAAGCCAAUGGGGAAUUCGUAUUAUUGUCAGCACGACAUCUUUCGCCUUAACAUUCAUGAUACCGCAUGAACAAGGAAGAUUGAGCUGAUUUUCGCGACGAGUGUGUGAGCAGAUGGGUUGUCGGGCGAUGGACGUCCCGGAAACCGCGAUUAUAGUGAGCCACCUAAUCUCAUCGAUAACCCUCUCGUCACAACCACAUACCUAUCCCUAUUCUUUCUAUAGAUAAUAUCACGAAUUUUAUAUGAAGAAUAUCUCCCCGCUUAUAUCUUGGCCAUGAUAAUAAUUAAAAAAAAAAAGAAAGCAGAUCGAAGAACAUCUGAUAUAUCACACGGUUUAAGUAAUUACAUUGCUUUUCUCCGUACAGUUUAUAUUUAUGUUAUCAUUGAAAGGAAACGAAAACAGAUUUACAUUUUUUAGUUAUACGUACUACACACGUAGAUGUCUCAUUGAUCGAGAGAGUUUGAUUUUCGAUGGCAGAUUUAAAUAUCUUUGCAUUACUACGCUUUGAAAUGUAUUGUAACAUAUUUUACAUUUUAAAAUGCUGUGUAUUUUUGUAAUACGAAAAUGUUGGCCAUUAAAUACAAGAAUACGGAAUUAAUCGAA